ACUGACAGGUCCUUCUUAUGUAUAGUAUGUCGAUGUAAACUGGGUGGAAAAGUGAAGUUCUUUUUCGUGCCCAAUAUGCCAAACAAGAAAAAAGAAAAAGGAUCCGAGGACACAGGCAAGCCCAAAGUUGGAAAUGGGAAAUCAUCCAAAGAAGGUUCAUCAACAGAAAAUGGAGAAGAGAGCGGGAGAACUAGCCCCGGAAGUUCGCCCUCUUCUGGACCCAAAUUGGCGACUGGACCACCACCGCCAGCACAAAUCAAUAAAAUAAAGUUCACGGGUACAACUGUGGUAAAAAACCGACGGCAGAGCUCUUCGCGCUUCAACAUUACCAAAAAUCGCGAGAUACAAAAAUUGCCAUUGCUCAAAGAUGCGGCGCCAGCAGAAAGAGAGGAAUUAUUUGUGCAAAAGAUUCAGCAGUGCUGUGUUCUGUUUGACUUUGUAGCCGAUCCACUUAGCGACCUCAAAUGGAAGGAGGUCAAACGUGGGGCUUUAUUAGAGAUGGUUGAAUACGUCACUUCACAGAGGGGUGUUAUUACUGAAGCAAUCUACCCUGAAGCUGUGAAUAUGUUUGCCACCAAUCUCUUUCGUGCCCUGCCGCCUUCGAGCAAUCCCAACGGAGCCGAGUUCGACCCAGAGGAGGAUGAACCGACCCUGGAAGCUGCAUGGCCUCACCUCCAACUUGUCUACGAGUUUUUCCUGAGGUUUUUGGAAUCUCCCGACUUUCAGCCGAAUAUAGCCAAGAGAUGCAUUGACCAGAAGUUUGUACUUCAGUUAUUGGAUCUAUUUGAUUCCGAAGAUCCCCGUGAACGGGACUUUCUUAAAACUACAUUGCAUCGGAUAUACGGCAAAUUUCUCGGUCUCCGAGCCUAUAUUCGAAAACAAAUUAACAACAUAUUCUAUAAAUUCAUUUAUGAAACGGAGCAUCACAAUGGGGUGGCAGAGCUGUUGGAAAUCCUAGGUAGCAUUAUUAAUGGCUUCGCGCUUCCUUUAAAGGAGGAGCACAAGGUCUUCCUUCUUAAAGUGCUUAUGCCGCUGCACAAGGUCAAGUCGCUGUCCGUUUAUCACCCUCAACUGGCGUAUUGUGUCGUCCAGUUUUUGGAAAAAGAUCCAUCACUGACGGAACCGGUUGUCCUCAGUCUUUUGAAGUUUUGGCCUAAAGUUCAUUCUCCCAAAGAGGUGAUGUUCUUAAAUGAACUGGAAGAAAUCCUUGAUGUUAUGGAGCCAGCUGAGUUUUCGAAGGUUAUGGUACAACUCUUUAGGCAGCUGUCACGUUGCGUUUCCAGCCCGCAUUUCCAAGUGGCUGAGCGUGCUCUAUAUUAUUGGAACAAUGAGUACAUUAUGAGCUUGAUCAGUGACAACGCUUCAGUUAUCUUGCCCAUCAUGUUCCCGGCUCUUUAUAAAAAUUCAAAGUCGCACUGGAACAAAACAAUUCAUGGACUGAUCUACAACGCCCUGAAGCUCUUUAUGGAGAUGAACCAAAAACUGUUUGACGAUUGUACGCAACAAUACAGAUCUGAGCGGUUGAAAGAGAAGGAAAAAUUCAAAGAACGGGAGGAGUUUUGGAGCCAAAUAGAAGCUGAGGCUAUUAAAAAUCCUAAGCACCACUUAGUGGCUAAUCUCAUGCCCAAAACCAUUUCUGGUGGAGCUUUGGCACAGUCUGUGAGCGCCGCGCUGUCGGCUGCAGGACAAGUAGCUUCAGGAGAGGACCAGGAUGAAGACACAAACAACGUCUCUUAUGAAAAGAUCGAAGCCGAAGCUCGUGAGGCUAAACGAGUGAAGAAUCGCGAGAAACCGUUACUUCGACGUAAAUCGGAACUACCCCACGACACUUAUACGAUCAAAGCGUUGACAGAUCAUAAGAGAGCUGAUGAAUUCCUCCCGACGCCUCCCGACGUCAACACCAGUUGAACAAGGUGAUGUGUACUUGGCGUGCAACAUUUGUCAGGAUGAGGAGAAGAAGAUCGCGAAGAAUUUUCAUUCAAACUGUAGAGGCAGCAUCAACCAUUUAAAACAUACAUAAAAGUAGAGGAACAUUUUUUUUAGAGAAACCUGCCAAGAUAUCCCCAUUUCCCAACUAUAGAUCUAGAAGAUCACUAUCCCCCUUACCACUUGCGCCUAACUACGCUGUCUAUUGUCAAACGCUAACCCCUUCAACCUUGAUUAGAUGUUUUAGUGUCGAUUGCCUAACACACACACUCCAGAAAACCCAAAUCGGAUUGUGGCCAUCCCCGUGAGAUGUCGAAUUCUGUUGCACACACAGCACAGAGAGCCAGUGGGAAGGAGAGAUAGCAACAAAAACAAAAAAAACUAAAAAAAUCAAACAAACAAACAAACAAAAAAAAUAUUGAAUCUGUGUAAAUGUCCCAAGUAGAUUGUAGUGGUUCAUGUACCUUAGGUCCCCUCCUGCGAAACAGCAACAAAAACACAAAAAUAAUAGCUUCUAUCAUCCCUGCUACGCCUUCCCUCCUCACUAUGGUUUCAAAUCUUUGAUUGGCAUUCACGGUUAUCCACUGUACACGUAGCCGCUUUUCCAACAUUCCAUUUCAAUUCCAACAUAACGGCCGAGCUUUAUUAUUAUUGUUUUGUUUGUUUUUUUCUACUCCUGUCACUCGGAAAGGGCCUGUUGUACCUUCUUUUUCUUUAUUUUUUUAUUUUUUUGUAAAUCCGAAAGUUUCCUUUAUUAAUGUUUUCCCCUCCAGUUAAGACUGGCAUAACCUUCAUGGGAACUUCAGUUAUUGGAUUGGUUGUCCCUAUAAGCUGUAUAAGUGUUUGCGCGUGUUGUAGCAAGAAACGUUCACAUCGCCCGUGAAGGCCGUUGAUAUAUACAGCGGGUAGGGAUUUAAAGUGAAAAACAGUAAAGGCUUAACAGAUAGCGGACGUAAUCCAGCAGCUGGUUGACCAAGACACAGCAACAACAACAACAAAAAUUACAUACAAUGCCUGGUGCUCAGUGCUUCAUAAGCAACUUAUUUCCCUUUCCCCAAAUUAUUUGUUUGUAUGUUGAUGCAAUCUUAUUUAGCCAGGCUUCAAUCUGUUAGUGCACAUUGUCGAAAUCUCGCUGAAAUAUUUUCGAGAGUGCAGUUUUUUUUUUCUUUUUUCCAAAUUCUAUUCAACAUUGUUUUUUGUUUUUUUCGAUUCUCAUACAGCGCCACUGGCGAUUAAUCCCGGAAGAUCUUGAACGAAACUUGUGAGACAGAUUUGCAAGGUUGGCUGUAAACGGUUUUUGCUUCACAUUUCUCCCUAUUCCCUUCGUUGAAGAAGUAAAAGGGAAAAAAAAAUGCAAUGUCAGGAGUCAGGACACUUUUAGUGUAGACCGUGUGGUGGUGUUCUGCCCUUGUGUUACGUGUCAUCCCUCUUAUACAAUAUACCCUGGCUAUCUAUUA